AUCUUUUACCCAAUUUGUUUGGUACCUACAAAUAGUCAAAUAGGCCUAGAAAAUCAUUCAAUUUCCAUAGAUUGAUACACAAAUCAAACAUGAGUAAGAUCAUAACAAAGUUUGUGUAUGUAAAAAUUGUGGUGUUGCAAAUAAUUUUGCUACUAAAUUUAGUGUCAUCUUACAAUGCCAAGCAUAGUAAACAUGGAGUUCAACCUCUUUCACACAUCAAUAUUCUCUCUACUAAACUUGCUCUUCAUCCUAAAGCUUCCAUUCAAGUUUCCCCAAUUUUGAUGCAUACUUCUCAGGAUUAUGACUAUAUUCGGCCCAUAACAAUAACAGCCACGAGUGCCAAUCCAUCUAUUGAUGAUUGGGUUGGAAUUUUCUCCCCUUCUAUUUUCAAUGCAUCAACGGAUUGCGCAGUAGUUGGUGAUUGGCAUGUUGAGGAACCAACUAUAUGCACAGCUCCUAUCAAGUACCAAUACACAAAUUACUCCAAUCCUAACUAUCUCCAAAGUGGAACAGCUAAAUUGGAGUUCCAGGUUAUCAAUCAACGCGCUGAUUUUGCUUUCGCCUUGUUUACUGGCGGAAUUUCUAGUCCAAAACUGGUAGCAAUUUCAGAACCUAUGUCUGUCUUUCCGAACCCAAAAGCACCCCUUUAUCCUCGACUUGCAAUGGGCGAAACUUCGGAUGUGAUGACAGUAACAUGGACUAGCGGCUACAACAUUGGUGAAGCUGUUCCUUUUGUCGAGUGGGGAGCUCUCGAUGGGGAAGGGGUCACCUUCCGAUCACCAGCAGGAACCUUUACAUAUACUCGCAACCAAAUGUGUGAUAAACCCGCACGAACAGUUGGCUGGCGAGACCCUGGAUUCAUACACACUAGCUUUCUGAAAGAUUUGUGGCCUAAUACAAAAUACACUUACAGGAUGGGUCAUAAGUUACCAAGCGGUUCCAUCGUUUGGAGUAGAAAGUACAUAUUCAAGUCACCUCCUGUUCCCGGAGAAAGUUCUUUACAACGCGUUGUGAUUUUCGGAGACAUGGGAAAGGGUGAAAGCGAUGGAUCAAACGAGUAUGCUGACUAUCAACCAGGAGCACUGAACACUACAGACCAACUCAUUAAAGAUGUAGAUAACAUUGAUGCAGUUUACCUUAUAGGAGAUCUACCUUAUGCCAAUGGUUAUAUUUCACAAUGGGACCAAUUUACCGCCCAAAUCGAGCCUAUUGCCUCGGUUAAACCUUUCAUGGUUGCAAGUGGCAAUCAUGAACGUGAUGCACCAGACUCGGGAUCUUUCUACACAUCAAAUGACUCUGGUGGCGAAUGUGGUGUUCCUGCGGAAACAACAUUCUAUGUUCCUGCUAAAAACCGAGCAAAGUUUUGGUAUGCGUCUGAUUAUGGAAUGUUCCAUUUUUGCAUAGCGGAUACAGAACAUGAUUGGAGAGCUGGAAGUGAACAAUACAAGUUCUUGGAAAAGUGUCUUGCAUCAGCAAAUAGACAUAAGCAACCUUGGUUAAUCUUCGCCGGUCAUCGCCCUCUCGGUUAUUCCUCGAACAAUUGGUUUGGUAUAGAGGGUUCCUUUGAUGAGCCUAUGGGAAGAGAUGACCUUCAAAAACUCUGGCAAAGAUACAGAGUUGAUAUUGCAUUUUUUGGUCAUGUUCAUAAUUAUGAAAGAACAUGUCCUGUUUAUCAGAACCAAUGUGUGAAAAGUGGGACAUCUCACUUUUCAGGAGUGGUGAAUGGUACCAUUCAUGUAGUCGUGGGUGGUGGUGGUGCUCAUUUGAACGAAUUUAGUCCCGUUAAAACUAGUUGGAGUAUAUACCGAGACCAUGAUUUUGGAUAUGUAAAGCUCACAGCGUAUAAUCACUCGUCGCUCAAGUUCGAGUACGUGAAAAGUAGUGACGGUAAAGUUUAUGAUUCAUUCACAAUCUCUAGGGAUUACAAAGACGUCUUGGCAUGUGUCCAUGAUAGUUGCGAACCGUACACUUUGGCUUCGUAAGAUGCAGGACCGAGCUUCGAUUGAUCAAAUGUAACAUGAGGCGAUGAAUAAGCUUGUGCAUGACUAGAUUUUGUUUAGGUAUUUAUGUUUUUUAGUUUAGGGUCAUUUUGAGACUUCUAUUGUGCAUGUGUGGUAUGUUUGUAAGGCUAAUUUAGCUUCUAUGAAGCCAGAUUGGGAUGCUUGAUCUAUGUAGUACUUCUUUUAAAUAAUAAACAUUAAUAAAAUAAAGUACUAAAAUUAUGAUGAA